GACCGGUCCCAUCCCCGCGGGGUAGGCCGCUGCUGGGGCCGCGGCUCCCGGGAACCGCUCACGGCCCGGCCGUGCCCGGUGCCGUCUCGCCGCAGGCAUGCCAGGCCACACGGUGCAGGUGCGGGGCAUCCCCACCGACCUGCCCCCCGACAGGGUGGCCGACAAGCUCACCAUCCACUUCCUGCGCUCCCGCAACGGCGGCGGGGAGAUCGCCGACGUCCAGGUGCUGCCGGGAGCGCAGGCGUGUGCCCUCAUCACCUUCGAGGCGCUGGCAGUGGCCCAGAGGAUCCUGAAGGCGAAGAAUCACGUCCUGUCGAUCGGGGGCAAGAAAUAUCCCCUGGAAGUGACGGCGCACGUGGUGGAGCUGAGCCCCGACGAGAUCUUUGUAUGCGCUUGCAUGGUGGUUGACUACGGCAAGCUCCCUGCUGGCAAAACCCUCCUGAAGAACUUGCAGAAAGGCCACAGCAGCGUGCAGCUCGACUUUGACUACAAGACCACGCAUUGCAGAGUCAAGGGACCAUUCACUGAGGUUCAGGCCUUCAGCAGCGACCUAAUGGGCAGCCUGAACCUCAAGAGCCAAGCAGCUGGAGCGACCCUGCCUCCAGGAUCCAGCCGUGUGGCCAAAGACACCAGAAUGCACGAUCACCAGCAAGUGCCUCCCUCCACUGAGUCAGCACUGAAGACAACAAAGCUGUCACGCUGGGACCACGUGAGCGAAGAGGCAGCUGGAGGCCCGUCACCUCGAGGGCCAGUGGAUGGGGAAGCUGUGGAACAGCUGGAAGACUUUUCCCUCGCGAUGGACUCGGACAUUUAUUUGUACAUGCAGAAGUUCUGUGCUGCCCAGUACCAAGGUAUGCUGCGGCAGUGUUGUGUGGAUGUGGUGGACAUUAGCAGCGAUGAUAUCACCAUACUGUACCUCCAGCCAUCCCCGGGGAUGUCUGGGGGCGUGGAAGCCUUGCGACAGGCCCGCCUGGCCCUGCAGCAGCUCUACCAGCAACUGGAAGUGAGCCUGCGUAAGGAGAAGAUCUCAAAGCGGGGACUGGAUAUGGACAGCCAGGCACUUGGGGCUCUGACACGAGAGCUGCAGGAGCUGUACCCGCAGUUGCUCUGCCACGAGGAUGGGAAGCAGCUUUACCUUAUUGGAAACCUUGUCGAUGUCUCGCAGGCCAAGCAGUACAUCCAGCAUUUCAGCACCAGAAGCACCCCACAGAUGGUUGUCAUGCUCAGCAGCUCCCAGCUCUCCCGGCCAGCAAUCUCCCGUGCCACAGAGGCUGCAGUGCACAAGCCCAAAGCUCCUGUGGACACCUCGUCUCCAAAACUGAGCCCAGGCAGGCCGGAAGGGAAAGCUGAGCACAAGCUAGCUGCCAACUUCAGCGCUCUGAAAACUGGCAAGUCACAGGCUGGCCAGGGCCUCUUGCCGAACCGGGACUCUCCUCCAGUGGGGCAGGUGCAGCUUUCUGAGAAGAACUCAUCAGAGACACAUGCUCUGGGUCCCAGUGACCCCAAAGCACCAACCCAGCAGUACCAGCCUCGUGUCUCUGCACCGGCUGAGGUUUUGGGGUCAGCAGCAGAGUCUCAGCAGAAUGACCCCAAAGAACAGGACCCUGUGAAAGGAGGUGCCAGGCUUGCAAGACACAAGAGUCUGUCUGCCUUUGUGGGCAAAGAAAACAGUGCUUUGCAGCACGCCGGGGACUCCAAAGGCUCAGAUCCCACCAAGCACUAUUCCCUUGCUGACACCUCUAGUACCUUUCGGUCUCUGAGCCUCUUUGACACGACAAGGAACUCUUCUGCUUUUGACUCCAAACCCUCUGAAUCCAGACCUGUGCUGCGACGCUCCAACAGCUUCUCGCUGCCAAAGUCAAAGGAAAGCAACAAGCCCCAAGACACUGUCAGGGCAGGCAGUGGAGGCAAUAGGGUGAGUGAAGAAAUGAGCCUGGACUCUCUGCAGUGGUCUUACCUGAAGGACAUUUACCGCUCUGCCAUCGAGGAAUUGUGCAGGAGUGCAGGUGUGCAGAUCUCAGAACGCUCCACAGGGGACUGCACGGUGCUGACGUUGCAGGCAGAGGACAGGACCAAGCUUCUCCAGGUGAAAUGGAAGGUGGAAACUCUUGUGCAGAGGUGUCCUGACCUUGUGUGUCAGAGCAUGAGCUACUCAGAGCUUGCUGUCGAAGGGCCGGAUGACGAUGCCCUGAGUGAGCUGUGCAGCCUCUUGCGAGGAAGUUCCCUGCAGGUUGGGCUCAACAAAGACAAGUACAAGCUCUGUCUCGCCUGCCCCAAGGAGAUGCUGCCAGGAGUGACUGAGGCCUUCCAGGUGUUUUCUUCCAGGAGGCUCCGUGCUCUGAAGUCUUCAUCCUUGUCUCCGGGAGCAGAGAGAGCUUCGAGCCCGGGGCACCAAAGUGCUGUCCAGCCGAGCAGAAGCCAGGACACCGUGCUGGGGGCAGCCCUUCCCGACAGCCUGGAGUCCCUGCAGAUGGGCCUGCAGCACCUGGACAUUAGAGAUAAAGCAGAGCACUCGGAGGUGGUCAGGGCUUUCAAGCUGCCAGAGGCUGAGGAAAAGAGGUCCCUGAGUCCUUGGAGGUUCCCGCAAGCAGUGGGACAGGAGGAGGCCAAUGACCACAUUGAUCCUGGGGCUGUGCAAGGAGGAAGCGGCCUUCUCAGCCCUCCCGUAGCGGACAACCCAAGUCCUGGUGCUCCGAGGGAGCCCCAGGAGCAGCCGAAGGCCAAACUGUCGCCGGGGGAACCUGACAUUGCGCGGCUAAAGCAGGUCUUGCCAGACAAAUUCCAGUUUGCGAGAGACAGGAGCAGAGGAGGUCCCAGUGACGCCGGGGGACAGCUGCGGUCACCAGUUCCCCCAGCUGAAGGUGCACCUCGCUCCCUGCCCACCUGGCUCUAUGGGGCUGCAGCUCCUGAACCACCCCAGGCUGCGGCCGAACAGUCACCCGCAGCGGAGUCAAGGGGCCAGGAAAGGAGCAGUUCGAGCAGGAACAGCACACAGGAGGAGCCUGAGCCAUCAACACCGCAGAAAAGAGGCCCCAGCCCUGGCCAGGAAAGCAGCAAGACCCCCCUGGGCUGGUGCGAUGCUUGCCAGGACUCACGUGUGACCUGCCAGGCCCCCUGUGGUCACACCUUGUGCAGGACGUGUUUUGCAGCAGAGCAGCCAGCUUGCUGUGGCUCCUCCUCGGUUCCCCCGAGCUGCAAGGUCCCAGGGACAUUCAAGAUCUCCUCCUUGUCUCAGAGCUUGCCUGGCUACUACCGGGACCUGACGCUCCAGCUUACCUACACCAUCCCCGACGGCGUGCAAGGGGUUGGUCACCCCCAUCCAGGACAGCCUUACAAAGGGGGAUGUUUCUUCGCCUUCCUUCCUGACAACAGGGAAGGGCAGAAGACAGCAGUGCUGCUGAAGAGAGCAUUUGAGCAAGGGCUGACAUUCCAGAUAAAGUCCUACAACGGAGAAGACAGAGUGACAUGGGGCCUUAUCCCUCACAAAACCUCCUGGCAUGGAGGCAAAGCCAGGAACGGCUAUCCAGAUGCCCAGUAUCUCCACAAGGUUUGCACAAUUUUGAAGAAAUUGGGCAUCGACUGAGACUCCCCGCCUGAGCGGCUGCAUCCCAUGCCUUCGCUUCACCUUCCGUCCCAGCUGACAAAAACUGCAGCUCAACACGGCUCAGGAAAAAGCAGGUGCUCGUCCAAGGAGCUCAUUGCAUCCCCGGAGGUAGCCAGAAACCUGCACGUUAGUGACAGCAGCCCUUCCAUCCCCCAGAGCCUGAGCUUCCCCAAAACUCCAGCUCCUGCUGGCUGCUUAUCUGCACCAGCCAGUUAACUACCAGCUUGUUCCAACACCAGAUCCAGGCUGAGCCCCAGCACAGCUUUUGACAGGGUGCCAAAAAAACAAGCCCAGGCAGGAGCCUGCUUGUAGUCCAGCCCCACCUUCUGUAGGUCUGUUCCCCCUCUUGCCACUGCAGGCAGGCUCCAGGUCAGCCACCUCCUGAGCCUGAGCCAGAGCUGCGCUAUCGUUAAUUUCGGAUGUUAAUGUAGACAUUUCAGCCCUCGAGCAGACAGCUCUGAGCUACAGCCCCUCCCCAGCACCUGCUCUGGGGACAGCAGGAAGCCUUAUGCUCUCUUGGAGGGGGUACUAACGGGUUUCAGCUCCUUGGACAGCUGCUUCCCCUGAGAAUAUACAGGCAUGGACAGCCUCCAGGUGGAAAAACACAAAUAAACAAGAUUUAUUCCCACAUUUUCAGUAGUGGUUGUUCACACCUUGUCUUACUGUCACCCUGAGAGCCCAUUUUAAUCUCAGCUGGUUCCAGAGACACCCCAACACAGACUAAACUGCAGAGAUCAGCUAGGGACUUUGCAAAGACAAACACCAUAGCUGCCCUCCAGAACAGGGUGUUACAGGAGUGAUGCAACACUCGAGGCCAUGAUUAACAGUUGUCCUUGAGAGCAGAGGCAGCCUCUCACCCUGGAAGAGCUGUUGGGAUCUGUACACUGAAUGCACCCACCCACUCAGUGCACGCAGGAGUAAUGCGAGGGCCCCAGAGGCUGAGCUGAGGACAGAGGGAUCGUUCUGGCAGAAGACUGAGCAGCAUGCCACUGAGAGUUUUGUUAUGCUUUUAAUUAACAUUUGAAACACAUAAGGCAUAUGGUAACAUUAGACAGAGGAGCAUUACACAUUAUAGUCAUGUAAACAGCAUUGGCACACUUGCUUUCUGUCCAACUUGGUUACACGCACAAAGCGGAAUAUAUUUUUUUAAACAAAGAUUUUUUCCAAGUGUCUGUAGGGUGAGCAUCACUCAUAUCACAUAUCUGCAAGUCAACACAACUCAGACAGUACAGACCAGACCAUAUGUUGUAAGAGGCUCAGAGUCUAAUGCGUUUCACAUCACGCUCAUGUACUACUUGCCAGCCACGCUUUGCCAUCACCAGGGCUUCACACACCAGAGACUUCAUUAGGCAACAGUGGUUUUACACCUAUGAUAGCAGCUGAGAGUGGCCAGCAUCCUGCACUGAUUAAAGCCUGAGGCUCACAGUGCCUCUUUCUUGCCGCUAGUCACUCACUUUUAGUUUAAUACAGGUGGCCAAAAUGAAAUAUACCGCUAAGCUCCUCACCCCCCCUCCUAAAGUACUUAGCAGGGGGUCACGCUCCUCCGUGCAAGCUGAGGCUGCUUUCCUUCUUCUACCCUUCACAUGCAACACGAGCUUGAGAGAAACCGAAAGUCAGAAAUGUGACAGAAGCUGCCUGGUGAUAGCAAAGGACUUGCAUUUUUUCCCCCAAGACCAAAAGUAUCAGUCUGGGAAGGCGACUACAGCAAGGACAUUGGAGUGGCACGUGGACAGACAUCCCUGCCAGGGCCAGGGGAGCCUGUCCUACACUUAAGUCCUCAUUACUCACAUUUUUUUGCCUGGACUCCUCUCCUCAUGGCACUACCUUUGGGUCAGACGAGCAGUAAAUAAACACUGAAUUGCACUUCUGAUUGCAGGAACGAACGGCACACACAAUCUAAGCACAGUAAACUCCAAUUUCCUUGAUAGUAUGACUUUUUUUUUUUUUUUUGCCCUAAACAGUUAAGCAACAUUCAGUGGAACGAUUUUUCAGCCUGGGUUUUUGUUUGUUUUGUUUUGCUUUGGUCCUUAGUAUACAAACCUGCUGGUUAACUUUAAUGCAUUAAGACACUUGAAGUUGUUUUACACAGGUUAUUGGCCCAUAAAAUGCUUAUCCAUUUAAAAAAAAAAAAAAAGGUAAAAAUAAA